AUGGUAAGCCGAGAAUUGACUAGAAGCUUCCAACAUGCUGCACCAGAAGUUAUAGCCAAUACUUUUUAUGAAUCUGAUCCAAUCGACUAUAAUGAAAACAAGGAAAUUGAUUUAAUUAUCCCAAAGACGUAUACAAAUCUCAAUGAAUCAAGUGAUGAACUUUUUGAAAAUGAAAUUGUGAAAUCAAUAAAGUUCAUACCAUGGAAUGAACUAAACAAUAUUUCAAAACUCGAUGAGGGUUAUUUUGGACUAGUAAGAAAAGCUUAUUGGACAAAGACGCACAGUGAUGUCGUUUGUAAGGAAUUAGUAAAUCUUGAAGAUAUAAACGGUGGAUACUACGAUGCAUUUAUUCAUGAAUUAACCAUGCAUACUAGGUCAGAUCUUUGCGAAAAUAUCGUUCGAUUUCUGGGAGUCAGUAAAGAUGCUAUCAAUGACCAAUAUUUCCUUAUCAUGGAAUAUGCCAAUGAUGGGAAUUUACGGAGCUUUCUUAAAAAAAAUAACCAUUUAUUGAAUUGGUAUCAAAGAUUAGAGUUGGCCCAUCAAAUUACAAAAGGAUUAUGCUAUUUGCAUAGUGAAGAAAUUAUUCACAGAGAUUUGUUAUUAGAAGGAAUGACUAAAACCUUGCCAAAUAUUGACCCCAUAACUAUUAAUCAUGAAGAUAAUGAUAAUCCAGCAACUGAACAAACACAGUCAACGGAACCUUUCUAUGGUAUAUUGUUCAAAAAGACUUCAAACCUAUUUGUAAACGACGAAAGUGAAACGUAA